AUGGGGACUGUUGAGGAAACUUUGAAGUGCCCCGUCUGCCAGGAUUUCUUCACACAUCCUGUGACACUCCCAUGCGGACAUGACUUCUGUCACACCUGCAUCCAGGCUGUUUGGGACACAGACAUGUCUAAUGACGGUCCUUUCUUCUGUCCAGAGUGUCAGAUCUUCCUCCCCUCCAACCUCACUCUGGAGAUAAACACCAGCCUUCAAACCAAAGUAACGGACUUCACUAACAGACCAUCAACAUCAGAGCUACAGACAACAAGUUUAACCAUGGAAAUCAAACCAUGUUCAACUAUACACUGUGACCACUGCAUAGUGACACCAUCAGUGGCCAUAAAGACCUGUCUGACCUGUGAUGCCUCACUGUGCCAGGCACAUGCCCUGCUGCACCAGCAGAGGUCGGCUCUGAGGGAGCACACAUUGGUGGAGGUGACUGGAGAUCUGCUGUCUCUGAAGUGCAGGGAGCACCGUGAUGAGCUCAAGCUCUUCUGUAUGGAGGAAAGGGUCCCUGUGUGCUGUCUGUGUGUCCUGGUUGGCAUGCACAAGAACCAUCAAGCUGCCCAACUUCAUGAAGCCUGCACAGACUUCAAGAGCUUGUUAGAGACCACUAUGAACCGACUGCUGCAGAGGAGAGGUGAAGCAGAACAUGCCAUCCAGGACUUGGAGUCACUGUACACACAAACAGUGAAGUCUGCUGCAGAUUACAAAGAGAGAAUCUCAGACAAGUACAGCAGGAUCCGUGUUGUGCUGGAUGGCGAUGAACGUCUGAUGAUGCAGAUCAUAGACGCAGAGGAGACAUGCAUGACGGAGUGGCUGGAAACCCAGAGGGGAAUCAUGGAAGCUCGGAUUAAAGAGAUAGACAGCCUCAGAGCCUCCAGUAAAUCACUCCUCAAAGAAACAAAUUAUCUGCGAUUCCUACAGCAAAUCACAGCACAGAACCUUUGUGACCCUUUGGAUUUAGCACCAAUCCAGGAAAUAGACAGAGAUCUGUGCGACCCUGAGAAGCUGAGAACAAUAGAGAGGCUGGUGGAUGACCUCACAGUAGCUCUGUCCCAACACUUUCCACGAAUGUGGUCAUAUCUAAGUUCUCCUGCGCUGGACUCCAAAACAGCCCAUCCGAAACUGGAAAUAUCCCAGGAUAGCAAACAAGUGUACUGGAGACAGCAGCCUGUCAGUGAGGCUCUGAGUACUCAGCCAUAUGACUCCCAGUACAGUGUCCUGGGUCAGGAGAGUUUCACUACUGGCCAGCACUACUGGGAGGUCAUUGUGCAGGAGAAACCCUACUGGCUGAUAGGUGUGACCACUGGGCCAGUCGAUAAAAAAGACAGCCUAAGUCAGAAGCUCCCCGGCCUGGGUGUGAACAAGACAUCCUGGUGCAUCUAUCAUGGAGACGGACAGUACCUGGCAUGCCAUGACACACAGGAGAAACAGCUGUCAGUUGGGAUGAGAGUCAGAAAGCUGGGCAUACUGGCAAAUCUCCAGAAGGGGGAGCUGUCAUUCUACAAUGCAGACACUAUGACCCUGCUUCACUCUUUCUGUGUGCAGUGCAAAGAGCCUCUCUAUCCCAUAUUUAACCCCUGCAUUGACGUGAAUGGACUGAACAGGCAGCCUCUCAUCUUGUUUUGCAUUAAGGACCCCUGGGAUUGGCAUUUAAACACAGAAGGAGAUAAAGAGUUACCUUAGAUGACAACCCUACUUUGCAGUGUUGUGUACACAGUUUCACUGACCACAAAGUCUGUAUCUUUUCUUCCCAUGUUUACUCCAGUAAUGUUGGAAUGUCACACAUGCCGUUAAAGCUACAGUACCAGUCAAAAGUUUGGACACACUUUCUCAUUGAUGUGAAUGGGAAAGUGUGUCCAAACUUUUGACUGGUACUGUAUAUGACUGUAAUCAAUGACCCUGCAUGAAACUGUCCCAGCUCAAACUAAAACCAAUGACCAAGACAUAGAACUACCUCUGUGUUUGAAAAUUAUAGUUGAGAAUAGAUGUUUUAACCAUUUUUCUUUUAAAUGUAACUGACUAAUUCCCAUAUUAGUCUCAUGUUUUAAUCCUAUAUACCUCUUACAGAUUAUGUAGUCCAGGGAGUAAAUGACCCGUGUGUAAACUACUGGCUCGCUUUUCUUUUACAACAAUCCCUUCAGCUCCCCAGACAAUGGAGGACAUGCAUGACUUCAGUCUCACAUGUCGGUGUCCCUCGCAGAGUUGGCCUGCAUUGAACAAAACAUCCAGU